CAACAGACCGUACACGUUAAUCUGUGGGGGCGGAGAAAACUUCUCGCUUUUUACCCCCCUCCUCCUUUACUCCUCAUCAAGGAGGAGUCUGCAGACACACCGACAUGCAGCGCAGUGGAGGCUGAGAGGACAAACUCGGACUGAGUAAAAACUCACAGACAGCCGGUGCCCCCCUCGGCGAUGCUUAUCCGACACCACGCCAGUGAUUGAUCACCGAUCGUCAGGGACUGAUCGCCUCCCCCCGCCCCGCCUGAUCCGCCCUGUCAGCAGAUCCCGCGGUGCCGCGGAGAAACCGAACCAGCGUGCGCCCCUCUCCGAGCUCCAGGAAGAAGAAGCAAACAUGUCAGAGAGGAGAAGUCAGAAGAAGUCCAUCUUUCUGUCCUCGUUGUUGUUGUGCUGUAUGUUUGCCAGUGCAGAGUAUUCCAACUGUGGAGAGUACGAGUUUUUCAAUCAGACCAGCAACAGUUGCCAGGCCUGCCCUCAGUGCCAACCGGGACAAGAGCCGCAUAUGAACUGCGGCUACGGUGUGAAGGAUGAGGACUUUGCCUGCGUGACGUGUCCACACGGGAAAUAUUCCAAAGGGAAGUACGAGAUCUGCAGGAGGCAUAAAGACUGCGACGCUCUCUACAAAGCAACGGUCCGCGUGGCGGGAACUCCGGACAGCGACGCCGAAUGCGGACCUUGUUUAACAGGGUACUACAUGCUGGAAAACAGACCCAGGAACCUCUACGGGAUGGUUUGCCAUUCCUGCCAGAACGCACCGCGCAACACCAAAGAAUGCAUGUUAACCAGUCGACCAAAAGAAAAACCCGUGAUUGACCCUGGCAGCACAACUGUGUUCCCUCAUCUACACAAAGAUUCCAACGGACAAGGUCACCUAGCUACGGCACUCAUUAUCGCCAUGUCAACCAUCUUCAUCAUGGCCAUCGCCAUCGUACUCAUCAUCAUGUUCUAUAUCCUAAAGGCGAAACCGAAUAGUCAGGCCUGUUGUUCUGGACAAGUUGUGAAGGCAGUGGAAGCUCAGAGCAACAAACAGGAAGAGAAGAAGGAAAUCCCUGACAAAGUGGUGAUCUACUCAGAGAAAGAUGAGUUUGACAAACUAAAAGCUCCUCCUCAGAAGACGGUCAAAAGUGAAAACGACGCGUCAUCAGAGAACGAGCAGCUGCUGAGCCGCAGCAUCGACAGCGACGAGGAGGCGGCGUCCGACAAGCAGGGAUCGGCCGACGCCAACAAUCCCGGCCUGUGCCUCGUCAACCUGGGAAACAAGCCCGACCUCUGCCUGCUCUCGCUGGGCCUCUUGGAGCGCGACAGGUCCGGCAACGGGGGCCCCGCCAUGUCAGCCAAUAACAUCCACGGCGCCAACCACAUUAGCAGCGUGACCGCAAUCAACAACAACAACAACAACAAAACCCCGGGGAUGCUUCAGAGCCGGAGGAAAAAAAUCUUGGAUCUGUACGGCAGAGCCUGCAAUGUGACGGAGGGCCUGAGCCCCACAGAGCUUCCAUUCGACUGCCUGGAGAAGGCCAGCCGCAUGCUGAGCUCCUCCUACAGCAGCGAGGCGGCCGUGGUGAAGACGUGGAGGCAUCUAGCCGAGAGCUUCGGGUUGAAGCGGGACGAGAUCGGCGGCAUGAGCGACGGCCUGCAGCUCUUCGAGAGGGUGAGCACGGCGGGUUACAGCAUCCCCGACCUCCUGACCCGCCUGGUGCAUAUCGAGAGGCUCGACGCGGUGGAGUCGCUCUGCUCCGACGUGCUGGGCAGCAGCGAGACGGCGGCGGCCGCCGGUCGCCAGGGCAACAGCAGUUUUCACAGCCAGCUGGUGUGCCCGUCCUCGUGCCUGUCUCCGUCCCAGCGCUGCGCCAGCGUCUGAACACGCGCGAUGGAGCGGAGACUCCGAGACUCUACACACGUGUGUGUGAGGACAGAUACUGUGCUGACUAAGGGGACAGCACAUACGGAGCACACAACCCCCCCCCUAUCACAUGAAGAACGUCACCCCCCAAGUGCACAAUGCUUUUCGUCCCAGCGUGCGUUUUCUCUCUCAUGAAGCUAGUAGUAGUAAGUUUGAGAAUCAAUAAUCGCAAAUAGUCAGCCUUUGCACAAAGAAAUAGCUAGAUUAAGUGUGCGCUGGACGCAACACAAUCACACCCUUAUGUGGCCUUGUUCACACAAUAAGCAUGCAAGACGACAGAAAUGCCAGUUGAGUGCCUUUUUUUUGAGGCACGCCACGUUGCAAGAGGAAGGAAUGAAGAUGCCUUAUCACUAAACCUUUUCAAUCAGGGUUCACACAGUUUAAUCCCACGGCUGGUGCAACGGGACGCUUGUGGCAGCGCGAGUGGAAAGCGGCGUGAUCGUGCUGUGCCUUUUUUGGCUGCGCCGUAAUCACAGCGGAAAGACGGCGGGUAAGAGCUCCCUGUUUGAAAAGCAAUCAUUAUGUCCAGCUGAAAAACGGUUCACCAGCAUUCAGAUCAAGCACACUUAUUGAUAUAUUUAUAUGAAUAGAGAAUUGCGAUUGUUUAGCUGAAUCAACGGGUGGAUACAGAGGUACUCUGCUUCUCGCGUUCUGCACGAAUCCACUUUCCCCAACUUUAACACACAGGAACCAGCAUUCCCAUACACCAACAACUUCCAUGGACGUAGUCCCCCCCCCCCGCCCUCCCUACCUUAUUACCCUUUUACCCCAAAGCUGCGGUCUAGUGCUGCCGCCAGCCCUAAUUAUUUGGCGUGUGGCUCCUGUGGGCCCCCUAAUAGUCUGAAGUGUUGUGGUUUACGGAGCGGGCGCAAAAUGCCUGUGAUUUCCAGCACCCAAUUAAGCAGUUAGGGCCACUUAACCAGUGAAAGCCCAGUGGAAACGCAGUGAAAAAAAAAAACAGCAUUAUAAACGAGAGAUGCCGUGGUGGAGGCUUGUCAAACGGCCCCUCGGGGGUUUGCUGCACAGCGAAGGGUGCAAGAAUGCGGCCCGGUCGAAGUGGAAGCAGGAUUUGUGGUGGGCUCAGUCAUGCUCAGAAAGGAUUUAGGGUCCCCUCUCCCCAUGAGGGAGCAAUACGGCAAAUGAGAACAACGUGCAGGCCGUGCGGGUUGUCCACCUCUCAAAAGCAGCCGAAGGCGGUUAAGCACAGAAGAUGGAGGGUGGUUCCGAUGCGCAGCGAGUUCAACCUUGUGAGGAGCGUCUCGUUGAAGCCCGUCGGCGCCGGGUCAAUGAGCAGCGCCCCGUGGGGCAACCACUGGGCCGUCUGCAGUCCUACUUUGAGGCCCUUUUUAGGAAUUGGACGGCUCUUUAUCUGAAUGUCUGAUGUUGUCAGAAUUAUGUUCCGCAACGUCUCUGCAGCAAAUCCAACACAUUGCCCCGUCGCCAAGUUCUUUUUCUAUAGGUCCGUCUUUCAUAUGUUACCUCGCAAACUCCGGCUGGCCUCCAGUACUCUAAAUCUAUUAGUUUUAUUUAUGUUUAUCGGGCAUUAUAUUACAUUUUAAAACGGCCUUCUCAGAGCAUAGUUGCAUUCAUCAAAUCCAAUCCACACAAGUUAAACUAGUUAUUGUUGCUAUGUUUUGUAAAUAAUUGAAUUGAUGCCUGACAUUGUAUGAACCCCAACGGCGUCUUUCAGAGAGCUAAACUCUUCUCAGACAGUUAUUAUGCUGAUAGGAUGAUAUGCAGGAGGCAAACGUGGAUUACCGUGCCUCAGUAACACAUACAGUGUAGAACGUAUAGAAACGCACACACAGACCCAUCAAUGAACCAAAGUAUAACUGUAUAUAUAACUUAUUAUUGUACAUUAUGUAUGCAUUAAUAAAGAUGUAUUGCAAAAAUG